GCUGGCUACCAGAUGCUCACGCGCGCAUCCUUUCUCACUCUGCGUAGACUGGCGCUCAGGUCGGACACACCGGGAAUGGGAUCUUUGGCGAAGAAAACCUUCCAAUUCUUCCGCGUUUAUGCCCUCCAGAGGCUCCUUUUUAUUUUGCGGGAAUAAUUCCGGGUAGGACACUCAAAUGUGAUGGGGAGAAAAUGUGGUGAAAUGUAAAAAAAAAAAAUUACAAAUUGCUCUAGAAAAGCCAACGGAUGGGAUAAUAACUGCAAUUAGGAUUAUGUAAAAGACUUUACACAUCUGGAAAAGAUUCCCCGAAUAUCAAAAUUUUAGAGAUUUUCCUUUAAAAAAAAAAAAAAACAAACUCAGUCAUAAUAAUAGUCUAACCCAAGAAUCUGAUCAAUCUGGAGAAGGUGAUUAGUGAUAGACAGGCUGUUAAACCAAGGUAAACAGACAGGGUGAGAGGAGAGCAGAGGAAGUUCACGGAGGUAACGGAAAGUGUCCUGAAAGUUGCUGUGCGUGAUCGUGUAUGGAGAAAGUUGUCGUGCGUGAAGCUUUUGAUUAUGGCCAAGUGGUUUAAAGAUUUCCCAACUCUGAAAACGGGCUCGGACCGACUGCGCUCGGCGUCUGAAUCCGGAGCGCAGACUCGACCCAGACCGGCGCUGAGCGGCGGAACCGGAGCCAAAGCGAGUCCGCGGAAGAACUCGGAGAACGCAGGCGGGGUGGGUUCACUCCUCUCCGGGAGGAAUCGCAAGAACUCGGCCGUCGAGCUUGGCCGAAACCACUCGAGUCCGGGCUCGGGCAAGGAUGCCAAGAUAUGGGAGAUCCUGAUCCCUGGAAAAAGCAAGAAGAACGUGAAGAUGGAGGGUUUUGAGGAUCACCGCACGCUGAGGACGAGCGCCAUCGCCGACGCGUACAUGAGCCGAAUGAUCAAAGUGGAGAAACAGGAUAAAUGGCAGGAGAAGAAAUACAACAGCACCGCGACGGAAAGCACCGGGACCGACCCGGAGCGCGGAAAAACACCUGUUAAAACCGAAACGCUGAUUAUCUUGGAGGACUAUGCUGACCCUUUUGAUGCUGAGAAAACGAGAGAGCAGAGGGAAGCUGAAAGAGAAGGAGAGAAUGAUGGAUAUAUGGAGCCUUAUGAUGCCCAACUCAUUAUCACAGAGAUUCGUCGCCGUGGGUCCAGGGACCUUCUGAAGGUGUGCGUGGUGUUGAACGGAGGAGAAGGAGAAGGAUCUGGAUCCACACAGAUCUACGACGUGCCGUAUGAAGAGGUUCUGGAGGGCAUCCCCCUGACCCGGCCCGAGUCGGACCCUCGGCCACCUGCAGAGUAUGAACUCCCCUGGGAGUGGAAGAAAGAGCAGAUUGUUCGAGCACUGUCAGCUCAGUUCGAUGGUGUGGAGAGGAUGUGUAAAGAGGACUCUGCCCCCACCGGCGUUAAACAGCAGACACUGCGCUCUGUGAAGAGCUGGACACCCAAAUCUCUGCGCCUGUCCCCUCCUUCCUCCCCGAAAGCCAGCCCGGACUCUGAGAGCCAUAAAGUGGACCCCACCGUGCCCCUCGAGUUACAGAGCUGGUAUCAUGGCAGCGUCAGUCGUCAAGAGGCUGAGGCUCAGCUGCAGAACUGUAAGGAAGCCAGCUUCCUGGUGCGCGACAGCGAAUCAGCCAACAGCAAAUACUCCAUUGCCCUCAAGACCAGCCAGGGUUGUGUGCACAUUAUUGUAGCACAGACCAAAGAGUGUGGUUACACACUGGACCAGAGCAGCUGUGUAUUUCCCAGCAUCCCAGAGGUGGUUCAUCACUACUGCACCCAGCGUCUUCCCUUCACUGGAGCUGAGCACAUGACCCUGCAACACCCUGUACCCCGUACACACUGAUCAUCUCCCAACACAAGCACACAUCGCACUACAGCCGAGCACAUCAUCUCCCUACAUCUCCCUGCAGACACACACUGGAAAAUCCUACACAGCAGCUAACUAAUAAUGUCUCCACAUAAAUAUGUUCCAGCGGUCCACUGCAUGGAAGCCUCUUUCAUAAUCCCAACCUAAUACUCAUCCUUCCUCCCUGUAUAUUUGUGUGUUGUUGUUGUUGUUUUUUGAAUGAGUGUGUUUCAGUAUUCUGUACUGUGUUCCCGAUUUUAUUUUCCCCAAUUUAAACCAAAGCCAUUAGUCAUGUACUAAGCUCUAAUGACCCAAAAGAGGAACUGGUACUUCACAAGUGCUAAAGUUUAGACACAGCAUUGUAGUUUAUUUAGAUCCAGUUUAUUUUUAAAUAUGUUUCCUUCACCCUCUACUUGUCUCCUCUCUCUGGUGCCUUCUGGAGUCUGUGAAUGUGUAAGACUUCAUCAUUCUGCUAAAAGUGCCUCUGUUCUAAUGACAUGUCUGAGAUGCUCAUUAGCUCCCCCUGAUGGCUGCAGUCACACACUGCAACAAGAUGGAGUCUGCUCUUAAAGUCCCCAUGAAGUGCCUUGAAACGCCUGGCGUUAUUCGAUGUGUUGAUGUAAUUUCCACUUAAACAGGAAGGCAGAGUGGGACAAAUCGAGUGAUUCCUCCCCCCUUUAAAUAGCCAGUAGCGUUUAGCUUACAUCACAGCUCAGGCUUGACACACACACACACACACACACACACACACACACACACACACACACAAAAAAAAGAAAUAGUAAAAAUUGAAAGUGAAUAAAUUUAAGCCAUUUCCUUCUUCACCAACUUACAUUUGGAAAACUGAAUAAUGCGUUCAGUUCGAACAGCCAAAGACACAUUUCUCUCGCUCAACAACUCGAAAUUUUAUAAUGUUGGGGACGGGACACUUCAGAUUCUAGAGAGCCAUUGAUUGGACAGAAAAUCUGAUAAGACACUGAAGUGCAGAAUGAUGUCAUGAAAACUGUUGAUCUGUGUCGGUGGUAGAGAGAGACUGUAAAAUCUGAAUGGAUAUAUCUUCCAAAUGCGAAUUGUGUCAUUGUUUUGGAGCACACUCGCUUAUAGAUCACCUUAAGGCUAAUAUAUUCAUGCUAAAAGCCACAAAAGUCAAAUUUUGAUUUCAUGGGGACUUUAAGACAUGCUCGUAAGUCUUAAGAUCUGCUGCCAAAUCUAUCUAUCUAUCUAUCUAUCUAUCUAUCUAUCUAUCUAUCUGUCUGUCUAUCUGCCUGUCUAUCAGUUUGCCCUUUGUUUGUUAGGAUAUUUACCUUGACGACUGUGCAUAUACAAGAGCCAAAUCUGGUUUGUGUUGCUCAUUCUUAGAGUCUGUUGUCUCUUAUGUCCCAGAUUUAAAAAACAUCUUUGAAGUAUUGACAGCUGAAAGACUUGGCUGAAGUAAACUGUUUCAUCAGUGAAUUAAGUGUCUCUAGUGAUUGCCCCACUUUCUUGUAUGCCUUCAUUUUGAUUGUUAGUCGUGUUUGGGGUGUUAAUUAACUCAGUUCAUUCGAUUUUCUGGUGUGUACUCAUUGGCUGAUAAGCGGGAGAGGAUCUGUGGCUGCUACUGAUGUGUGCACUGCUCUGAAUGAUUUCAGCCAAAAAAAAAAAAAAAAAAAAUUAUAUGCAAUUUUCUGUUUACUUGCAAGCAUUUAUUUAGAAAUUUGAAAUUGGAAAAGUGGCCAUAAAGUGGUAAUGCAGUUCCAAGAUUUAAAAAAUUGUACCUUUGUACAGUAUAAGAUCAUGCAAAAUUUUAAAUGUGCUUCAACUUAA